AUCUUGUAUCAUGUACAAGUAAAAACAGGAGAUGUAUCUGCAGCAGGAACAGAUGCUACAGUUACUCUGACGAUAUAUGGUAGUCGCGGAGACACAGGUUCUGUAGAGCUAAUGAAUGAUGAUUCUGGUCCAGUUGGUCCGUUUGAAAGGAACUUCAAUGAUAAUUUUACCUUUAUAGCUCCGGUUAUUGAUCAGAUUGAAAGAAUUAAGAUAGGACAUGACAAUACUGGGACAGGUCCUGGAUGGUUCUUAGAUAAAGUUACUAUUAAUAUACCAUCUGAAGGUCGACGUUAUGAGUUUGUGUGUAAUCGAUGGUUAGCUACAGAUGAAGAUGAUGGACUGACUGUAGGAGAAUUUCAGCUGUCUUAUUCAGAAGGUAAUUAUUUGCACUGGAAACUGUAUUGUUUGUAUUGA